GCAAAAAAUUCCUUGCCGGUUGUCAACAGGCGCUGGGGAGGUGAAAGCUUCCUGAACGUCUGACUAAACCGGAAGGCAGGCAACUUUGCCACGUGGGCGACAGGAGGAGGUACUACGGACGCGCGACCGUCCGUUCGUCCGUCCGUCCGUCCGUACAGCACGUGCGGCGCGACGGCACGGUCAUCGCGACCCCGUGUGACACGCGUGCGGAUCUGCUGCUGCGUCUUUCAUUCCGUGGAAAGUGAGACUGCGGAGAGCGGUAGAGCGAGGGGAAGUUGAGGGAGGCAGCGGCGAAGGGCGCGGCUAUGGCUGCCGACGGUCAAUGGGGCACAGGAUCCCCGGGGAUGACGACGCCUAUGCUGCCAUCGAAAGCAUCGCCGUCUUCAGCGUCGUCGGGGUUUCUCGAUCCGUAUUAUGAUAUGUCGUCAAACUCCCAAGCGUCGACGGCCCCUUUCUCCGCGACCGCUGCGGCGACGGCUUUAAAUGGGCCCUCGUCUCUUCCCUCAGCUCUUCGUCCCGCGUUUUCUUCGCCGCUGGUUUCGUCGGCGGCAUCGUCUUCUCCUCCAUUCGUAGCCGGCGCUGGCGCUCCCCCAUUUGCUUUCUCCUCUUCGUCUUCUUUGCCAUCAGGAACGAUGUCGUCGUCGUUCGAUCUCUCUUCGUUCAAGGGUGAACCGGGAGGAGGAGAUGGACUGGCGGACAAUUUACGUGCCAUGUCAUUGACAGGACAGGGACAGAACAGGUACUCCCCUCUUCCGAUGAUGAUGGGGAUGGGUAUGCCCCCGCGGAGCGCUGUUCCCCCGUCGUCGUAUCUGCCGCCGGCGAGCGCGCCGUCUUUCGGUAGACCAGCUGCUGCUGCUGCUUCUUCGAUGGCUUACGCACUUGGCGGCGGGAGCUCCGUCUCCCCCUCCCUGUUUGUCCCUUCUCCUCCAGAUCCGAUGAUGACGGGAGCAGCGAUGCCGACGAUGUCGUCGCGCUCGCUCGGCGCCAUGCAGUCCAUGGGAGGAGUGUCCCCGCCGCCUUCCGCUCAAUCGCCAUCGAGUAAUGGGUUCUUCGCGCCGGUUCCCGUGUCUACCGUGGGCUCGGUGACCGACAGGGACUUGAACGAAGAGGAUCCGGCCAGUGCGGGUGCUCCUUUCGUUUACUUCUCUGCGCAGAAGAUUCCUACCCAGAAGAAGAUUGCGAAUAUUGGGAGUCUCCCUUUUGGGGCUUUGAUCUCGCCAGUCAAGGAAGUGGAUGCCGCCAGACCUCCUGUGCUGACAAGGAAUCCUGUGCGGUGCGAGAUGUGCGGAGCACAUGUGAACCUGUAUUGCAAAGUUGCCCCUCGAAUCGGCCAGUGGACGUGUGUCUUCUGCACACACACUAAUUCAAGUAGCGGCAAUUACUCUGUGGAUGACUUCGGGAGCUGGCCGGAGUUGGUCGUGAAAACGGUCGAUUACGUGAUUUCCAAUCCCCGGAGUGGAUACUCUGUUGCGUCGGGUGUAGCGCCUGCUCCUGCUCCAUCAGCCAUUCUUCUGAUCGAUGAGAACCUCAGCGAUCCAUACAUGCAGGAGUUGCAGAAGUCUCUCUUUGGAGUUAUGGAGAAGAUGCCUGAAGAUACGAGGGUGGGAAUUAUUACCUAUGGCGCUGCAGUGUCUGUUUACGAUCUCUCAGAACCAGGCAUCGCCUCCGCAGAUGUACUUCCAGGCAGUUCCUCUCCCACUGAGGAGGCAAUUAAGAUUUUGCUGUAUGGCAGCGGGUCUUUCUUGUCACCGAUUCAUUCCUGUGCACCGAUUGCACACUCCAUAGUUUCUUCGCUGCGGCCUUACCGCGGAAAAGCUGUGGAAUCUGAACGUAAGAGAUGUUUGGGAGCAGCUGUGGAAGUGGCUUUGGCACUCAUCCGCGGUCCGAUGGGUGAAGAAGAGAGCAUCAGGAAUAGAGGGGAUAUGGGCCUCAGCCGUAUUCUUGUGUGCACAAGUGGACCGCCGAACUACGGUCCAGGGGCUGCUCCUGUCAAUGAAGAACACCCUAACUUCGCUUAUGAGGAGGCAAACGCGAAGGCGUACUUGGAAACCCUAGGCAAGGAAGCCAAAUACCUGGACGUUGCGGUUGAUAUCUUUUGCGCCGGAGCCUGUCCCGUUAAGGUCCCAGUUUUGCACCCGCUCGCAAAGGCCUCUGGAGGCUUGCUGUGGUUACACGAUGACUUCGGUGAAACUUUUGGUGGCAAUUUGCAGAGAGCUGUUUCCAGAGUAUGUGGCACUGAGGGUGUAUUGGAGGUGAGAUGCUCAGGACCAGUGGCAAUCACCAGAAUAAUUGGCCCUGCAGAGGCGAUCACUGACUCGCAGGAGGAAAGUUUUCCUGAGGAUAUAGUGACAUCAUGCGGUAUGUCAAGUGUGGAGGAGAAUCAGGGAUUUGUCCUGUGCAUGGAGUUGCGUGACGAUGUCUCACAAGACCAUGUCCACUUCCAGUUCGUUGCUCGGUAUGUGAAUUUGGAGCGUGCGAGAGUCGUUCGGGUUAUCACUCUCCGGCUGCCCACAACAGGAAGCGCGUCAACCUAUUUGAACGCCGUUGUUGAAGAUGUGGCUGCUGUGUUGAUUGCCAAACGGACCGUUGUGGAAGCUUUGACUCCUGAGGAUGCAGCUGACAUGAAGUUGUCCAUUGACGAGAGGCUGAAGGAUAUUGCUUUGCAUUUUGGAACGCAGAUGAAGGGGUCAAAGAUGCGGAAAUUCCCCUCAGAACUUCACAGAUUACCAGAGAUGCUGUUCCAUCUGCGGCGAGGCGCACUGUUGGGAAGCAUAGUUGGGCAUGAAGACGAGAGAGCAGUUCUUCGAAAUGUAUUCUUGCAGGCUUCGUUCGAUCUGUCGUUGCGGAUGACGGUGCCAAGGCUGUUGGCUCAUGUGCAAGGAGGAACUUUCGAAGAGGUGCCGGCAGUGAAUUUGGCCUUACAGUCCGAAGUUUCACUCGUUCUUGAUCAUGGAACGGACGUUUUUAUUUGGAUGGGACUGGACGUGCUUGCCGAUGAGGCGAAGAGUGCAGGCGCACUCGCAGCAUGCAAGACUCUUGCUCUAGAGGCCGUGGAGAAUAGGUUCCCUCUGCCUCGCAUUGUGGUGUGCAAGGAAGCAGACUCGAAGGCCCGGUACCUUCUGGCGAGGCUUGUGCCAGCGCACAAGGAUUCCCCAUUUGAGCAGGAUGCAUGGUUCCCGAAGCUGCGAACGCUGCAGCCAGAGCAAAGAGCGAAGCUGAAGACUAAGUUCUUUCACACAGACGAUCCGAGCUUCUUCGAGUACCUGAAGAGCCUAAAAUUGAUGCCUCCGGAGGUUCCCUCUGGUUUCAGAUGAGCAGGGCAGGGGAACAGGAGAAGGAUUCCGAGUGUCGGGGGAGAGCGACGGAUGAAGUUUUUCUGUGAAUAGGGUCAGUAGACUGUGCAGGAUUGCUGUGAUUGGUAAGAGGGGGCAUGGUGGAGAGGGGAAGAGCAAUGGUGAGGGUGAGGGGAUCGUGAGGCGGAGAGAAGAGCCGAGCCGAGGGGAUCGUGAGGCGGAGAGAAGAGCGGAGCCGAGGGGAUCGUGAGGCGAAGAGAAAAGCCGAGGGGGGCAGGGGAGAGGGACAAGGGAGGGUUUUGUGAUUACUGUUGCCUCACGUAACUUUGUUUUUUUAUGUGCCUCUGUUGCGUUUGAUGGAGAGGGGAAGAGCAAUGGUGAGGGGUGAGGGGAUUGUGAGGCGGAGAGAAGAGCCGAGGGGAUCGUGAGGCGAAGAGAAGAGCCAAGGGGAUCGUGAGGCGAAGAGAAAAGCUGAGGUGGGCAGGGGAGAGGGGGGCAGGGGAGACGGACAAAGGGAGGGUUUUGUGAGUUCUGUUGCCUCACGUAACUUAGUUUAUGUGCCUCUUUUGCGUUUGAUGUUGUUCACAUUGUGAGUGCUUGUUGGAUCGCUUGGUAGCUUUUGCAACCAUCCGCAGUGUUAGGACCCCACAGCAUCCUUGCGGUGUCUGUGGUUUGUCGGAUACACAUCCGGCACUGCUAGCGGACAUGUGAUGAAUAAAUAAUACGUGAUAAUAAACGUUCCCAAGAUGG